AUGACGAAAUUAGAUAAUCAUGCGAAAUCAAAUUUGGUACCAUUACAUGACUUGUUAAAUAAUGCAGUAAGUAAUACUGCUGCCACUAAUAAAUCUGCAACAUUUUUUAAACAAGAACCUCAUAAUUUGGUGUCAUUAUCGUCUUCAACACCUAAUGAUGAUGCAUCAUCACCAAACAGAUUCAGUUAUAAAUCAGAAAUGGAAGUUACUACACCACCAAAUACUAACGGGAAUGAUGAAUUAACUCAUUCUGCAAUUAGUCCAAUAUCUGAAGAUAAUAGUCCUACUUCUAAUACUACAAAAUUGAAUAAUUUAAAUGUAAUUUCUCCGGCGUCUUAUAUUACUCAAAAUAAUUUGGUUAAAGUUACUGAGGAUCACCCUAUGACAGCAGCUGCUACUAAUGUAGUCACCCCAAAAACUACUACUAUCCCAACUGCUAUUGCAUCUACUAGUUCCUCUAUUGAAGAUACCGCCACUACUAGUACAAUUACUUCGUCUACAAUUUCAGUUUCUAAAUAUAAUCAAACAAAUAAUCAUCAUAAUUUACCUAGUCCCACAUGUUCACAAACUGGCAGUAAUAAAAAUGAUCAUAUAAGUGAUAGUGGUUCAUCUACUCCGACUAGUAGUAGUGGUAUUAAUAAUAAUGAUAUUGAACCAUUAAUUCUAGUCUGUAAAUGGGAUCAUUGUAAUAAGCAAUUUUCUCAACCUGAAUUAUUAUAUCAUCAUUUAUGUCAAGAUCAUGUUGGUAGAAAAUCCCAAAGAAAUUUACAAUUAGAUUGCCAUUGGGAUAACUGUCAGACAAAGACUGAAAAGAGAGAUCAUAUUACUUCUCAUAUUAGAGUACAUAUUCCAUUAAAACCAUUUAGCUGUUCUUCUUGUUCCAAAAAAUUUAAAAGACCUCAAGAUUUAAAGAAACAUUUAAAGAUUCAUUUAGAAUCUGGUACUAUUACAAAAAGGAAAAGAGGACCAAAAGUUGGUUCUAAGAGAGUUAAUAAACAGUCACCUUCAACAAAUGUAUCAUCUUCAUCUGUAACAUCAACAAUUGAACAAAGAUCAAGAAGCUUACCUUCUACUGCAAUGACAAGUUUACCUCAUUUAAAUAAUGGUUUCAGGAAAUUUAUUACUAAUGAUAUUCAAUCAUAUCAACCUGUAUUAACCAAUAGACUUGAUAAUCAAUUGCAAAUGGUAAUGGGUCAAACCAUGAAUGGUAUUCCUACUACAAUUCAAGAUCCUCGUUUAUAUCGUACAGUAGAGAUUAAAAACAGCAACAACGCUUCAACUUUCCCACAAGAAAGAGUAUCUCCAUCUGCCGUUAUGGACUCUUUACCUCCUCAAGUUGCAACGAAUGCAGCCGGAUUCUUCUCUGACCUGUCUAAUAGCAUGGUCUCUAAUGCAACUAUGUAUCAACAUCGUAGUAUACCUUUACAAUCACAACCUACUCCAAUACUUAAUGGAUAUGCUCAAUUACCACCUUUAAAUGGAACAAGUUAUCCACAAGCAACUGUCUUGGAAGUACCUCUAACUGCUGGAAAUACCAAUAAUAAGAUGACAAUUUUACCUUCUAUGUCAGACGUUCAAGGGUUACAACCAAGAUAUCAACAAAUUGCCACUGAUAGUUGGGGACGUGCUGCUGCCGGCAGUAACACUAACGUUAUAUCAUCUUAUCCAUUAAUACCGGGUAUGGUUCAUCAUCAACCAACUCAGCCAUCAAUGAAUAUCGGCUCUCCUUCCAUUGCUGCUUCAAACACUACCACUUCGACUGGUGCCGCUGCAACUUCAUUACCAUAUGCUUUACCAAAUGGUUUGGUUGUAAAUGCUAUCCCAAUGAAUGGCAGUACCUUAAACAUGGUUGAAAAUAGAUACAGCUCAAUUCAAAGAAGUACUGGUCAUGACGAUGAACUUGAUGACGAUGAGGAACAUGAUGAGGAAACUUUUGAAGAAAAGUUGGAAUUUGUUAACAUCAUUAGAGAUUACUUAAUGUGUACACUGUUAGAAGAUGAAUAUGAUGAGGAGACUGAUGACAUUGAUGAUUCAAUUGAGGAGGUUAUUAAUAAUAAAUUCUGGAAUAAUAGCAACAAUGAUUUAAUAUCAAAAUACCCAACAGUUGCCGUAUAA